AUGCGUAUGUCCGAGGAUCACUCUCUAGAAGCGCAAAAACUAGACCGCAAAAGUCCCAGAGGGGAAACGCGGAAUGGUCUUUUGCUUGGCCCACGUGCAGCCAACCCAAAAAUUACGGCCAAACUAAUGGCGGUUAUAGGCCACUGUUCCCUUGAAUCACGUCGAUACCACCGGAGCUGCUCAGAUUUGCAGCUUUUAAUUUUAACCGUUGCAGAAUCUUCGAUAACCGAAGGCAGCGAUACUCAGUUGGAGACCGCAAAGCAUACCAGUCAACUGUUGUGGUACGGAGUUUUUACUCAGGUGCGAAAAGAUGAUAACUUCAUUCAUAUUGGAGCGAACCAGAUGUUUUGGGAAUCGAUCAUCCUUGUCUACCCAAAACUUAGAGGAGCCGGAAAUACCUAA